AGAGGCUAGAAACGUUAUACCUUGAUAAAUUGCACCCGGAGUCAGAGAAUAAACAUGAAUGAAUUAGUUUACACCGGAGAGUAACUGUAAAAGAUAAAGCUAUGUGACAAGAUUCUUAUGAAAAUGUUUUUACACAUCAUGCAGAAAUUCACACAGAUGACAAGUAUUUCAAGAGGAUUUUGAAUGAAAAGGUAAACUUGUAUUGUGACCAGCUCAAGUUCCAUCAAAACCUUUAAGGGACAGAAUUGUAAACAUGGAAUUGGAAGAAUACAAAUGCCAGAACUGUAACAAGACAUUUGCUAAUAAGCAGUUGAGAAUUGUUCAUGAAAAAAGUCACACUGGACAGAAAACACACAAAUGCCAGUACUGUGAUAAGACAUUAAGUACAAAAUUUGGUCUCAUUGUUCACGAAAGAAUUCAUACUGGAGAGAAGCCUUACCUGUGCCAGUAUUGUGAUAAGACAUUUAUUCAAAAAAGGAGUUGCAUUGUUCAUGAAAGAAUUCACACCGGAGAGAAACGGUACAAAUGCCAGUACUGUGAUAUGACAUUUACUUAUAAACAAAAUUGCAAAGACCAUGAAAAAACUCACACUGGAAAGAAACUACACAAAUGCCAGUACUGUGAUAAAAUUUUUAUUGAAAAACAGAAAUGUGUUGUUCAUGAAAGAAAUCACACUAGAGAGAAACCAAACAAAUGCCAGUACUGUGAUAAGAUAUUUAUGCAUAAACAGAACUGUGUUGAUCAUGAAAAAAUUCACACAGGAGAGAAACCAUACAAAUGCCAGUACUGUGAUAAGACAUUUAUUACAAAACACAAAUGCGUUGUUCACGAAAGAAUUCACACCGGAGAGAAACCUUACAAAUGCCAGUACUGUGAUAAGGCAUUUAAUAAAAAAUGGAAUUGCAUGGUUCAUGAAAUAAAUCACACUAGAGAGAAACCAUACAAAUGCCAGUACUGUGAUAUGGCAUUUAUUGAAAAACAGAAAUGCAUUGUUCAUGAAAGAUUUCACACCACUGUGACCAGAGAAGAAACAUACAAAUGCCAGUACUGUGAUAAGGCAUUUAGUAAAGAACGUCAUUGCAUUGAACAUGAAAAAAUUCACACUGGUGAGAAACCAUACAAAUGCCUGUUGUGUGAUAAGGCAUUUGCUUCAAAAUAUUAUUGCCUUAUUCAUGAAAGAAAUCACACUGUAAAGAAACCAUACAAAUGCCAGUACUGUGAUAAGACAUUUACACUACAAUGGCAUUGUAGUCGUCAUGAAGGAAUUCACACUGGAGAGAAACCGUACAGGUGUGUGUUUUGUUGUAAGACAUUUGUCAGCAGAAAUGAAUGUGAUAUACAUGAAAAAGAUCAUACUAAUGUGUCACCUGUCCUGACAGCACAUAGACCAUAUGAUACAGAAGUUAAUAAUGGUAAAAAUCCAGUCUCUCAGAAUAAUAAUGGGGCAUCACAGGAAUUAGUCAAAAUUGAAAUCCAGGAAUACGAUCCUGCAAUUAGAGAGCAACCAUACCCUGUGGCCCUGUUUAAAAAUGCAUUUGCUUAGCUCUUAGUCUUUGUAUGAAACUCUGUAAACUUGUAUCAUGAUGCAGCAGUUAGAAGGUAAAAUGAUUGCAAGUUGCAUUUUGGCAUAUAAUACCCAAGAAAUUGAUAAUAAGUAGAGUUGAUAAAUAAUAAAAUUGCUUUUUAAAGCACACACUAAA